AUGAAGGUCCUCUAUAUUGGUAUCCUCAAGAAUGAGACCAAACCCGCGAUCGAACUUUGCGCCGAGCGCGAUCUGUCCAGCUUCGGCCGCUUCACACGGGGAAGCGUCGGAGAGUUCCCAGAGUUGUGGCAGGUCACACGGACCGAGGGACACAAGCUGAUAGCAGUCCAGAUGUCAUUCACAGCAAAGACAGUCGCUUCUAGGACACUACCAGGGCAAAGACAGGAUGUCGAGGAGUCAGAUUACACAUUCCACGCCUACGGCCGUUCCGAAGGCGUGUGCGGUCUCAUGAUCACCGACCACGAAUACCCCUCCCUCGUAGCCCACCAGCUUCUCUCCAAAGUUUGCGACGAGUUCCUCUCCAAAUACCCGCGCUCCGCUUUCGCCAACGCGACCGAAUCAGCCAACAUGUCUUACCCCGAGCUCAAAGACUACAUCGUCAAGUACCAAGACCCACAACAGGCCGACAGCAUAAUGAAGAUCCAAAAAGAGUUGGACGAGACCAAGAUUGUGCUACACAAGACCAUCGAGAGUGUGUUGGAGCGAGGAGAGAAGAUUGACAACCUAGUUCAGAAGAGUGAUGAGCUGAGUGCAUCGAGCAAGAUGUUCUACACACAGGCUAAGAAGCAAAACUCUUGCUGUAUUGUCAUGUAA